CCCUCAAUUUUAGGAAGCCGCCGAUCUAGGGGCAGUAUUGGAAACUUGCAAAAGUAUAUAGGAGGGGGCUCGAGUAGCCCAGGGUUCCCUUCCCGUGCUACAAUCCUAUCCGCCUCGCCUCUCUGGCGGCCGCCGCCGCCGCCUCAAUUCGUUGCCGCUACACCGCCGGCGCCCUAACCGCACCGCAGGCGACGGGACGGUGCAAGUUUGUCCUCCCGUCAGCCGAAGUCCUUUUCCCUCGUCGAGAGGCGCUGCCUCCCCAUCUUCCCCCCUCUUGACUGGUACUGGACUUGCCUGGAGUGGAGAUCCAUCUAAUGCAGGGCCGAUUUCUUAUUUUCUACUAGGUGGGCAUGCAUUUUCAAUAUGUCUAGCUCUAAUCAGAUGGGUUCUGAUGGCAAGUUUGGGAGAGGUCCUCGGGAGCUUAGUGGUGCUGUUGACUUAAUUAGCCGCUACAAGUUGCUGAACCAUCAUAGUUUCUUUUGCAAGAAACCUUUGCCAUUGGCAAUUUCAGAUACAAAUUAUCUUAACAAUGUUGUGGGCGACACAGAAAUCCGUAAAGGAGAAGGGAUGGAGUUGGACCAACUCUUCCAAAACUCUUACCCGAAUGAGAAGACUGCUUACAUUCAGCCCUUCGACAUGGAAACACUAGGACAAGCAUUUCAGCUGCGAGAAACUGCACCAGUAGAUUUGCCUUCUGCUGAAAAAGGUACACCAACCAUAUCUGGGAAACCAAAGAUCAAGUCCAAGGACAAAGUAAAGAAGCAUAAGAAACACAAGGAGAAAGACAGAGAUAAGGAGAAGGAGCAAAAGAAACACAAACAUCGGCAUAAGGAUCGGAGUAAAGAUAAAGACAAGGAUAAGGACAAAGACAAAGAAAAGAAAAAGGACAAGAGUGGGAAUCAUGAGUCGGGAGGUGAUCAUUCCAAGAAACAUGAGAAGAAGAGGAAGCAAGAAGUAACUGGAAGUUCGGCAAGUGUCCAAAAUCACAAGAAAACACAAAAGCACAAAAAUCAGUGAAAUAUGCGAUGGAUUUCGUUAAUUGCCAACCAUGCAUGUUUCUUUGUUAGUUCAACUCCAUUUAUGCUGUUAAUGAGUGGCUCUGAAGUCUUUCUUUUCAAUAUCAGUUCCAUUGGAGUUGCAACAGAUGGGGAAAAAUUCGGUACUAUGCUGCUCCAGAGGAAACAAGAAGAUAUCCACUAUGAUGGAAAUGGAAUAUGAUAUGUAUAUUGUUUCUCGGGGAGCUUGAACUUGGCAAUAUGGAGUUGUAAAUUAUUUUCUUAUGGAGUUGUAAAUUUUUUUCAGUCGUCUCAGCUCAUGUCCAUUAGCAAUUCUUGAGCACUGCCAUGUAUGAUCCUGUAAUUCAGACAACAGCAGAGCCAUUGCGGGGCCGGGAAAUCAUGCCAGUGUUGUGACUGUAUGUAACAGAGAAGGCAGUGGAUAAAUAUGCAUGAUCCAGAAAAAUUCGUCACAAACAACCGUGCAUCGGUGUCGCACAAAAUCGAGUAUUGUGCCGGUGCAUGACCUGGGUGACCUUGCAGAAUUAUUCUAGUUGCUCUAGCCAGCGCUUUGACCUAUUUGAUUUGUCUAUCCUGUCAGUACUGAAGCAAGACUGUCACAAUGAAACUAAAAGUUGGCAUUUUGG